GGCCAUGAUUCAUCUUGUCUCGACUGUUUACUCUCUGGCGUGAAACCGGAAGUCGUGGACUAGAGUCACAACAACACGACCUAACUUUCUACAACACGAGAGCCGCGUUGAAGAUGGCGCCCAGGAUGGAUGACGUCAUGCGUCUGUGCUGCGAUAUCUCAGCUCAAGAGCAAAUCAAGGUGGCGGUCAGAGGCGCGGGCAGGGGAGCCCUGAUGGCGGGGGGCAGCGCCUUCGUCGGAGGCCUGCUGGGCGGACCGCCUGGCAUCGCUGUCGGGGGCGUCGUAGGAAGCCUGCUGGCGGGCUGGAUGGCCGGCGGUCAGUUCCGUCCUCUUCCUCAGAUCCUGGCCGAGCUCCCGCCGGCGCAGCGGCAGAAACUGUACGAGGACGUGUCCGCCGUCCUGUCGGGUCUGGACUGGACCGACGCGGCCCAGCUGCUCGCCUUAGUGAUGGGCAACGCCACACUGCAGCAGCAGGUGGUGGCCGCCUUGCUCAACUACGUCACCAAGGAGCUCCGAGCCGAGGUGCGCUACAAUGACUGACGACGUGCGCCUAUUUAUUAUGUGCACCAUGCAGAUUGAAUUAAACAGAGCCAGUUUGAGGACAGAUGUGCUUAACCCAUUGGUUGUCAGUCCUCCCGGCCAAAAUGGAUUGUCAAGGACACUGAAAAAUUAUUUGCAGCCAGCCCUCACAGUGAGAUGGAUUGGACGUCUCUUGCCUUUAAAAGAAAUGCAUCUGAAAAACACUCCUUAUGAGCAACAAAACAUAUUCUGUGAAUACUAUAGAUAUACCUGUGCUGGCAGUGAAUGUGUUUAAUGUAACCAUUAAAAAAAUGCAAUCAAUUUUAUAUUUUCCAGGCAGUAAGUUAAGUUUUUGAUGUCAAUACCACUUUCUUUUCAAAUUCAGUUUUACUUUUUCGGAAGUAUUUUGGUUUUUCAUGCCCCCACCAUUUUUUGUUGGUUUUAUUUAAAGAGGCCCUCAAAUCAUUUUCCGAUAUUUUGAACUGUAAGAUAUGGGAGUGUUCCCUCGUGGAAAUGUGUUAUCUAUUCAAGUCAUUUUUUUAUUGCAAUCGCGUUAAGUUAAAUCCUCUUGCAGAUGGUAGGUUUUGAAAUUGUGCCAGGUGUGAUGUCCCACCACGCCUUAUGAAGCAAGUACGUGCCCUCUUUCUUGUUCCUUCGCGCCCACUAGUAUGGGGAGUGCUGAGAAAAGCCGCUUGGAGGUUGCCAAUUCCUGGAUCUAAAAUGUGCUGCAUCAAGCAAAUAAAGGAUUGUUUAAA